AUGAUAGCAUUUGUUUUAUUUUUAGGGCUGUGUUUUGUUUUGGGUGGGUUAGCGGUUGCGUCUAAUCCUUCCCCUUAUUAUGGGGUAGUUGGGUUAGUUUUAGCGUCUAUUGCGGGGUGUGGGUGAUUGGUGAGUUUGGGGGUGUCUUUCCUUUCUUUGGUUUUGGUUAUGGUUUAUUUAGGGGGCAUGUUGGUGGUGUUUGUUUAUUCUGUGUCUUUGGCGGCAGAUCCUUACCCUGAGGCUUGGGCUGAUUGAAGUGUUGUAGGGUAUGGUGUGGGGAUGGGUUUGGUUGUGGUGGUAGGUGUUGUUCUGGGGGGAGUGUCUGAAGUUUUGGUGGAUGUGGGAACGGUUAAUAGUGGGGGUCUAGGGUUUGUUCGGUCGGAUUUUGUUGGGGUGGCUGGGUUGUAUUCGCGGGGUGUAGGGUUUUUUUUGGUUGGUGGAUGGGGGUUGUUGUUGACAUUGUUUGUGGUAUUAGAGCUUGUGCGGGGGUUAUCUCGGGGGGCAAUUCGGGCUGUUUAG